CUCUUGUGCAACGGUGCAGUUGUAUAAACUCUGCAGUUUGAAGGAGUUGGCAGACUCUCCUGCAGGGAUCGCAUCCGUCUCAGUGGGGGGAAACUCUGCCGUGUGAGGGGAGGGGAAAAAAAAAAAAAAGGCUUCACUAGUUUCUGCAGACUUGUCUUGCAAAGUGAUUUAGAGAUGCAGAGCUGCGCCAAGUCCUGGGGCAUUUUCUUGGCCAAGUCGGUGAAUCCCAGCGCACCAUGCAGGCAUCUGAGUGACAAGAGCCGCGUGGUUUGGAAACUUCAGUGCAGGAUCCGAAACAGCGGCGCAUCCUCACUAACACCCGCCCGGGGCCUGAGGACGUCUGCGGCCGUCUCCUCCAGACAGAUUGAGAGAACAUUACCCAGACAUGAUGAUUUUGCAGAGAGGCACAUUGGCCCAGGUGAGAGGGAGAAGAGAGAAAUGCUGGAUGCUCUGGGAGUCGAGUCGCUCGACCAGUUGAUGAACGACACCGUUCCCUCCUCAAUCCGAAUGCAGCGGAGUAUGAAAAUGGAUGACCCAGUCUGUGAGAGUGAAAUUCUGGACAAUCUACAGAAGAUUGCAUCAAAAAACAAAGUAUGGAGGUCCUACAUCGGCAUGGGCUACUACAACUGCUUGGUACCGCCGCCCAUCCAGCGUAAUCUCCUGGAGAAUUCAGGCUGGGUGACUCAGUACACACCCUACCAGCCCGAGGUGUCUCAAGGACGCCUGGAGUCGCUCCUCAACUACCAGACUAUGAUCUGCGACAUCACUGGCAUGCAAAUGGCCAAUGCCUCCCUGCUCGACGAGGGAACGGCUGCUGCUGAGGCCAUGCAGCUCUGCCACAGACGGAACAAAAAACAAACCUUCUACAUUGACCCACGCUGCCAUCCCCAGACCAUUGCUGUGGUGCAGACCAGAGCCAACUAUAUCGGGGUGAAGAUGGUGCUGAAGCUUCCUCAUGAGAUGGACUUCAGCGGGAAAGACGUGAGCGGUGUGCUCUUCCAGUAUCCAGACACUGAUGGCAGGGUGGAAGAUUUCACAGGCCUCGUGGACCGGGCGCACCAGGGAGGGGCUCUGGCUUGCUGUGCCACAGAUCUGUUGGCCCUCUGUGUGCUGCGGCCUCCUGGGGAGUUUGGCGUCGAUAUCGCACUGGGUAGCUCCCAGAGGUUUGGGGUUCCUCUCUGCUACGGUGGCCCCCACGCCGCCUUCUUCGCCGUUAAAGACAACCUGAUCCGGAUGAUGCCUGGCAGAAUGGUUGGAGUCACCAGGGAUGCCGCCGGUAAGGAGGUUUAUCGACUUGCUUUGCAGACCAGAGAGCAGCACAUUCGCAGAGACAAAGCAACCAGCAACAUCUGCACUGCACAGGCGCUGCUGGCCAACAUGGCUGCUAUGUUUGCACUGUAUCAUGGUCCUCAGGGACUCAAACACAUCGCUGAGAGGACACACAAUGCUGCUCUGAUCCUUGCUGAAGGUCUGAAGAGAGCAGGACAUCGUCUGCACAGUGAGAUGUUCUUCGAUACUCUAAAGAUCAACUGUAGCGUGGCAGCCAAAGACAUCCUUGAAAGAGCUGUGCAGAGGGAGAUAAACCUGAGGGUUUACACUGACGGAGUGCUGGGUGUCUCGCUGGAUGAGAUGGUGACUGAGAGGGACUUGGAUGACUUGCUCUGGGUCUUUGGUUGUGAAUCUUCAGCGGAGCUGAUUGCUGAGAAGAUGGGUGAGCGAGUAAAGGGGAUCAUGGGAAGUCCUUUCAAGAGGACGAGCAAGUACCUGACGCACCAGGUCUUUAACAGCUAUCACUCCGAGACCAACAUUGUGCGAUACAUGAAGCGCCUGGAGAACAAGGACAUUUCCCUGGUGCACAGCAUGAUACCACUGGGCUCCUGCACCAUGAAGCUGAACAGCUCUUCGGAGCUCAUGCCAAUCACCUGGAGGGAGUUUGCCAACAUCCACCCCUUCGUGCCUCUGGAUCAGGCUGAUGGCUACCAGAUUCUCUUUAGACAGCUGGAGACGGACCUCUGUGAAGUGACGGGCUAUGACCGUAUCUCCUUCCAGCCAAACAGUGGUGCUCAGGGCGAAUAUGCUGGGCUGGCUGCCAUAAAAGCCUACCUGAACUCAAAGGGAGAGAGCGCGAGAACUGUUUGUCUGAUCCCCAAGUCAGCCCAUGGCACCAACCCGGCGAGCGCUCAGAUGGCUGGCAUGAAGGUUCAGGUGGUGGAGGUGGACAAGGACGGCAACAUCGACCUGGCACACCUGAAGGCGCUGGUGGAUAAACACAAGGAGAGUCUGGCAGCCAUGAUGGUCACCUACCCUUCCACCUUUGGUGUGUUUGAGGAACAGAUCGGUGACGUAUGUGAUCUUAUUCACAAGAACGGAGGCCAGGUGUACCUGGAUGGCGCCAACAUGAACGCCCAGGUUGGUCUGUGUCGUCCUGGAGAUUAUGGCUCUGAUGUGUCUCAUCUCAACCUGCACAAAACCUUCUGUAUUCCUCACGGUGGAGGAGGACCUGGCAUGGGGCCAAUUGGAGUGAAGGCCCACCUCGCCCCCUUCCUGCCGAGCCACCCUGUGGUUCCCAUGGAUUCGGUCGACGCCAGCAGCUCGCUGGGCACCAUCAGCGCCGCCCCCUGGGGCUCCAGCGCCAUCCUGCCGAUCUCCUGGGCUUACAUCAAGAUGAUGGGAUCUAAAGGACUUCUUCACGCUACAGAAGUGGCCAUCCUCAAUGCUAACUACAUGGCCAAGAGGCUAGAAGGUCACUAUAAGGUCCUCUACAGAGGCAGGAAAGGUUUUGUAGCCCACGAGUUCAUUCUGGAUGUGAGGCCAUUCAAGAAGACUGCUAAUAUUGAAGCUGUCGACGUGGCCAAGAGGCUGCAAGAUUAUGGUUUCCAUGCACCCACCAUGUCGUGGCCGGUGGCUGGUACCCUCAUGAUCGAACCCACAGAGUCUGAGGACAAGGCUGAGAUGGACCGGUACUGCGACGCCCUGCUUGGUAUCCGACAGGAGAUCGCAGACAUCGAGGAGGGAAGGAUGGACUCCCGCAUCAACCCGCUCAAGAUGGCUCCUCACUCUCUGGCCUGCAUCACAUCCUCCAACUGGGACAGGCCCUACUCCAGGGAGCAUGCUGCUUUCCCCUUGCCCUUCAUUAGGCCUGAGACCAAAUUCUGGCCGAGCAUCUCCAGGAUCGACGACAUCUACGGUGACCAGAACCUCGUGUGCACCUGCCCGCCCAUGGAGGCCUACGAUUCUCCGUACGAGGAGAAGAGAGCCUCCUCGUAGAUGCUCCCUGUGGUCCAGUCCCAAUGUCACUCCCGAGCUCUAAAAUCUCACGGACUUUACUUGUUUGCUCAGUGAAAAUGUGAGAACAGGAUACACAAUCUCAGAAUAAUUGGACUCUAUUAUUAUAGGAUGUUUAGGAGUAACAAAUCAAUACUGUCAGACUCUCAAUGGGGGAAAAAAAGAAGAUAUUCUUUGCCACUGUUUUCUUCCAGCUCUGAUGAUUUCAGACUUGCCCUUGACAUCCCUGUCUUGGUGCCCUAAGAAUUGUGUUUAAUUCCCUCAAUCGGAGCCAAAAGUCUACAAGAGAGCUCUCAAGCACUUAACCAUUUCACAGUGUAGCAGCCCUGAGCCCUAGCAGACUCCUUUCAAACGAGGGUCACAGUCGGAGAGGUGGACAAUGGGACAGGGCUUUAUCUCUGAUAAUUUACGGAGGUCACUGGUUUCCCUCCAACUCAAACUGUUCCAAUGGACCAAAGGUGCAAGUUUUGCUUUUCCAGGUCGCAAAAUAGGUGCACUCUUUUACACAUAGGCCGCUACGUAAAACACCUCUGAAAUACUGUAUUUCAGGUUGAGUACAUUUUUAAAUUACUAGACUCCCAACAUCUAUAAAUACAGUUGGUGCCUUGGUGCCUCAAUUCUGUUGUGUAAAAUAGCUGCCUUGACAUUCCCUUUUUAUCAAGUAGUCUGACUGAACAUAGAGGUUUUUAAUUGUAGGCUGUUAAUAUUCAUUUGUUGUAUAAAAAAUGUUUCAAUGUGUUUUGUUGUCUAAGUAGAUGGUUAGUCUAAACUUUUAAUUAUUUUCUAAUCUAAACUGCUUUGUCAAAAAUUCUGUAUUAAACAUUUUUGUCUUUAAGUGUGGACAUGUUUGUGUGAAGACGAGUAAGACGCACUAAAGGGGAACUGAACUGCAAGACGGGUUUAAAUGAUCUUUCUAGUCAACACUCCCACCUAGUGGUGACUGACAAAGUGGAUCACAACCGGUAGAAAAGCAAUUCAGGGACUCGGGGAAGGACUGGGACUUGUCUUUAUCAGGUCUUUCAUCUCAAAUUGAACCUUUUUGGAAAAACAAAUCAUUUUCUAGAUAUUUCCUUUCAAAUGGCUUCGUCUGAAAUUUUGUUGAAACUAAUUAUUUGAAAUGACGGAAAGUAAAUUGUCAACAAAUUAUGACUAUUUUAUGGGAUAUUGUGUUUUUCUACAAGGAUUUCAUUAUGACUUGACAUUUUUAUGACAUUUCAUAAUUGGUCUUUUAAACUAAUUUUUGUGACAUUUUAUAGCAUAACGAACUGACUUUUUAGUGACGGUUUUUUCGAUAUAUUAUGACAUUUCUUAUGACUUUUAAUGAUUUCUUUUAUGAAAUACUAUACUAUGACUUGACUUUAUGACAUUUUUUCUAACUUUUUUAGAACGUACAACUUUUUUUGACAUUUUCAUGACAUACCAUAUUAUGACCAUUUUUCACGACUUUUUAAUGACAUACAGUACUAUAGCAGUUUCAAUUUUAAUAACUUUUUAACAAUUUUUUAUCGCCUUGCAGCUUUCUAUGGAUCGUGGUUAUACCUGAACUGUGGUCGUGCCUGCUGCCAGGGCCAAUUCUGACAUCCAAUUGUACUAUUAUCAUUAAUCACAUUUGUAUUACUAUUACUGCUUUCAUUUUUAUUAUUCUGCUAUAUCCCCUGCAACUGUUAUAAGUGGUAAUCAUUUUUCUAUCAUUUUUCUACAAUUUUAGUGCUACUGCCCUAUUACUACUCGUAUGUAUCGUUUCUGGAUUGACUGUUGUAUUUUGAUUGUGUUGUUAAUUUUGCACACAUGACAUCAAUUGCACCUCUGGCCAUGCUGGGAGAGGGAUACCUCCUCAGUUGCUCUCCCUGCGUUUUCUUCCUUUAUUUCCCCCGGUGAAGGUUUUUCCUUAUCCAUGUAUGUCGUAUGCUUUACAGAUUGUAAAGCCGUCUGAAACAA